GCCAUUUUGUGAAGCUCUCGGAAGAGUGAAGUCCCUUCAGUACGCUCUGCAUCUCCGGACACACAAUUCAGAGCUGGCACACUGGGCUUUCUGAAUCCAGGGACUUGGGGUGCUCAAGCCCUUUUGUGAGGGUCCUCUGAAGCGAAAGUGAGCCUGUGCAGUGUGUGGUAUCACCAAACAGCAGGCAGAGCUACCAGAGGGAAUUGUCUAGUCUCUUCUAACAAUCCAGGCUUUAGUCUAAAGGAGCUGAAGAACUUGAUGCAAGUCAUCAGAGGAAGGAUCUAGUGCAUUGGUAGGAAGGAAACUAAAGAUGGAACCUACUGAGAACAACCAGAGCUUCAACCUAUGGGACAUCCCUCAGGCCCAAAUGGAAGAAAGGGGCCCCGGGAGUGCUCAGGACCCCAUAGCUGAGGCAGGGGAGGUGGAAGCCAUUGCCACCGCCCCAGGGGAUGUGCCUGCUGGAGGAACACCUAGUUCUCCCCAGAGUGCUCAGAGAGCCCCCUCUCCUCCCACUGCCAUGGGUUCAAUUUCAGGGGCAUCAUUUGGCGAUCCUCUAGCCGGGGUGCCUGGUACUGAGUUCCCCUCCCAGGAUGGACUAAAUGGAAAGAUAAUUGAUUUGGUGAGAUUCCUGCUUGUCAAGUUUCGAAGGAUGGAACUAACAAAUAAGGAGGAAAUGAUUGUUAAGACCAUGAGAGAUUAUGAGGAGCACUACUCUGUGAUCUUUAGUAAGGCUGCUGAGUGCAUGAAGCUGAUUUUUGGUGUUGACAUGUUGGAAGUGGAUCCUUUUGUCCACUCCUAUUUCCUACACCCUGCUCUGGGAAUCACCUACGAUGGGAUGCUACAUGGAGUUAUAGGUGUACCCAAGACAGGUCUGGUUAUAAUUGUCCUAUGUGUCAUCUUUAUAGAGAACAAUUGUGUCAGCGAGGAGGCAUUCUGGUAUGCAAUGAAUAUCCUAGGGAUGCAGGCUGGAAUGGAUCAUUUCAUAUUUGGAGAUCCCAAGAGUCUCAUCACUGAAAAUUUUGUAGAGGAAGGGUAUGUGGAAUACAGGCAGGUGCCCAAUAGCAGUCCUCCUCGCUUUGAGUUUCUGUGGGGCCCAAGAGCAUAUGCUGAAACCACCAAGAUGAAAAUCCUGGAGUUUUAUGCCAGCAUUGUUAGGCAGGAUCCCAGAUCCUACCCUGAGAAGUAUGCAGAGGCUUUGAGGGAAGAGCAAGAGAGGGCCUAGGCUAGAAAAGCCCAACAUAUACUACUGCUCUGACCAGCAUAACCUGUAGUGUACUAGCAAUUUAUGGUCAGGCAGAACAGUAAAAUAAGUGGUAGACCCCCAAAUUAGAGCUAUUGGAAAGAGAGUGUAACCCAUUCCUUUCUUACUGUUCUGUUUGGGUGACUUAGGAUCAUUAUUUUAGAACGUUGUUAACUUUUACUUUAAGGCUCAUUUACUUGAGAAUUUUAAGAUUAAAAAUGACAUCAAUAAUGCCUGUGUUGAUUUAGGUCAGGAGAACUUUGUUAUCUUAAAAACAAUCAAGAAUGUUUUCUAAUAUGUAAUAUGUCACAUGAUAUGAUACCAUUAAUGUUGGAAUUUCCGGGACAACAGAAACCACACUAGCAUUAACAUAAAGAACAGAAUAAAAUUAAAAUUUUGUUGUG